AGUUCAAGGAAGCCUUCAGUCUCUUCGACAAGGACGGCGAUGGCACGAUCACAACCAAAGAGCUGGGGACAGUCAUGAGAUCGCUGGGACAAAAUCCCACAGAAGCAGAACUGCAGGACAUGAUCAACGAAGUAGAUGCUGAUGGUAACCUUUGA